GAGAGGGCGGGGGGCGGGGAGGAGACUGAGGGCGGGCGCGGGCGGGUGGGGGUGACUCAGCCUCCGCUACCGCGGCCUCCGCUGCUGCUGCCGCCGCGGGCUCCUCCGCCGCCUCGGGCUUUCUCGGUGCUCGCCUGCGCUCGCUACGCGGGCCAGGCGAAGAGAGAAAAUGGCGCUUCCCCCAGCCGCCGAGGCAGCGGCGUUGAGCCCUCCGGAGCCCCCCGCUGCGGGCACCCGCGAGCCACCCGGGCCGCCGGACGCCGAGGAGCCGCUGGCCAUACAGCGUCUGGCGGAGCUGAGGCCGGAGCCCGGCGGCGUCCCCCUGCACUCACCCUGGACCUUCUGGCUCGACAGGUCCCUCCCUGGUACUACAGCAGCUGAAUGUGCAUCAAACUUGAAGAAAAUCUAUACAGUGCAAACAGUGCAGAUAUUCUGGAGUGUGUACAAUAAUAUUCCUCCUGUGACUAACCUGCCUCUAAGAUGUAGUUAUCAUUUAAUGAGGGGAGAGAGACGACCACUCUGGGAAGAAGAAAGUAACGCAAAGGGUGGUGUGUGGAAAAUGAAAGUCCCCAAGGAAAGCACGCCCACAGUUUGGAAAGAGUUGUUGUUAGCAACUAUCGGUGAACAGUUUACAGAUUGUUCUACAGCAGAUGAUGAUGUAAUAGGGGUUAGUGUAAGUGUCCGUGAUCGAGAAGACGUUGUUCAAGUCUGGAAUGUGAAUGCCUCUUUAGCAAGUGAAGCAACAGUCUUAGAAAAGAUCUAUGAACUCUUGCCACACAUAUCUUUCAAAGCAGUAUUUUAUAAACGUAAGUACUUUGAUUCCAAUUAUUCCUUUCUACGUCAUUCUAUGGUUUACUUACAAAAAUGGAAAAUAUAUUGUUAGAGGAGAAAAUAAAAUCACUUGAAAUUCCUAAAUGUUAGAAAAAAUAGUCUCCAUAAUUCAGACCAGAUUUUAUUCCCUCCUAACUGCAUGUGUCAGAAACAAAGGUACCUAAAAUAUUUGUUAUUUUUUAAAAUUAAGUUUAAUCUUAAAUGUGUCAAACUCAGGAAUGAUUGAAUUAGAUUCAAGAUAAAAAUUUUAAAGGCUGUUACAUGAGCAGGUCAAGGUAACUCUUCAGUCAUCUCUACCAUACACAAAAAUUUAUAAUAUAUAAUAAUUUGUAUUAUAAGAUGAAGCUAGUUCUAUAAAGAUGCUUAUGUAUUAUACUGAAAUAAUAAUCAUUCCUCAUUAUCUAUGAUUGUAAAUACACAAACUGAAAAUAUAUUUAUUCAUUGAAAGUGGUGAAAUGUUAGGAAGCAGAGAAUAACUACAUGUCUGGAUUGACCCAGAAUUCCCCUUUGAAUUUGUAUCCAUUGUUUAUAUGUUCUUUUAAAAUGAUCUCUCUUAUCAAAGAAAUAGCAUCGUGCAUCCAACUAAACCAGCAUCAACAAAUGAUGGGUUGUGGGUUUAAUGAUAAAUUGGAGAAUAGAAUUGCCCCUUAUUUAUCCAACAAGCAUUCUAUCCAAUUAUCCAAUAAGCCUACUCUGUGUAAGGCAUAAACCAUUUAAAUUUUUUUGAAAUAUUUGAAAUGUUUAAAACAUUCCAAUUUUCAUAGCAAAUAUGUCCUUUCUCCCAAUUCCAAUGCCAGAGACUUAAGGAUGAGAAGAGAUCAUUUAUGUUUCAAGAUUGACUAAGUGUGAUGUUAGAUAUUGAACAGAGCUUUCUGUGGAAAUGAGGCACAGAAGUCAAUCUGUUCACAUUCUAAAAAGUAAGACUAAUUUAUAGCUACAGCUAAAUACAAUGGCCGAGUUUCUUCAUUUUAAAUGAAGAGAGAAGCAAAAAGGGAGAAGGAAAUAUCCUACAAAUAGUUUUCCCAUUUUUGUCCCAUGUUCUCAAAAAAGGAGAGAAAGAAUAAAAAGUUUACUUUUUUAAAUACUAUCAUCAAUAUGGAUUUUUAAAAAUGUAUAUGACAAACUAUUGCAAGAUCACUCAAGAUCAGAAUUGUUUUAUUUUUCUUGACAGAAUGAGAUAGACCGUUCUUUACCAUCCAUGCUUCUUCCUUGAUUGAACCUUACAAUAUGACGAGUUUGGUAUUGUGGAAUAGAGAAGGAAAGAGAAGAGAAGUGGUAAAGAAUUUAGCCUCAGAGUUGGGAAACUUGAGUAUUAGUCCAGGAUCUGCUGCUAAUAAGCUAUGUGUCUUGAUACAAGUUAUUUAACUUCUUUGGAAUUCAGUUUUCUUAUAGAAGGAGAAAGUUGUAUUAAACAUCCUCUAACAUUCUUUUCAAAAUUAAAUUUUUAUUUCUUUGAUUUGGAGUAUUCUAGUCAAUCUGAAUUGAUCCUAGAAUCAGAGAAAUUUAAAUCAUUCACAAUCAUUAAAUAAUCAGAUCACAAAUUUGUCAGAGUAAUUUUGGGGUCCAUAUUAGUGAUCUAAUAAGAUUGACCAUGUGGUAGUGUGAUUUGCUGCUUAGCAACUAAUUGCUGUACUUACUGAAUAAAAAACUAACAGAAUUGACUUUUUUUUAGCUAAUUUAGGCAAGCUGAAUAUUCAAACACUAUGCCACUAGAAAUCAUGGCUAAUGACAAAUGUCAUUUCUGAGUAUUAAAAUCAUAUUUUAAUGGCAUGUAUUAAUAUUAAACUAUCUCAAAUUAUCCAUAUUUUAAUUUAGAUAAAAUUAUUAUUGUGAUAAUGCUGAUUAAAAUGCCAACAAUGCUUCUGACUUUGUCCAAGACUGGCAAUCCUUGCUCAAUUCUGGGUACUACAUAAUUGUUUUGGAAACAUAAGAAAUUGGCAGAAGUUUUGUUCAGAGUGAUUUGACAUUGACAAAUAGCUUCAGGGUGAACUGAGUAGAGGUGGCUGACUUCAUGAAUGUAGUUUGUGACAAUAAUGCCUUUUGUUCUGAGUUCAAGAACUCAAGAAUUGACAGAUUCUGGGUGGCAUGUUAGAAAUCACACAGAACUGACCUAAUACUCAUGCAAGUCAGCCCAUCCGUCAGAAUGGGGGAAAAAAAAUAUAUAUAUAUACACACAUAUAUAUAUUUGGCAAGAUUUCACUGUUAACUUGGCAAUAUGCUACUUUUGUUUUCAGGGCUAAAUCUGUUUUUUAGCCAUGGGAUUCAUGUUGGGCAGAAAUCAUAGAUGGUACUGAACUCUUUUAAAGAGUAGGAUGAGAAAUUUAUUAAUAGAAAAUAGGAGGAACAUUACUAUCUUUCCAUGCAAUUUUACAUGUCAUUCACUCAACAAACAUUCAUUAAGCACCUAUCAUAUGUUAGAUUCUGUACUAGGCAUACUAUCUAUGUGUUAUUUUUAGCUAGACUAUUUUUAUUACAGGACAGAUCUUAGUUGAAACUAUUUCACUAAAGUCUUGAUAGGUCGAAGGAAGGAAGGAAGGAAA